AUGAGACACCAUGAUCUCCACUUACAAGUUCCUGCAGCCUCCGAAUAUCGCGUGGAAGAUCGCAAAGUUCCAGUCGAUGGUGGUGAGAUCACUGUACGCACCGUGGUUCCUACCCCGGCAGGCGCGAAGGACAAGAAAUUCCCGCUCUUGGUCUGGUACCAUGGGGGAGGAUGGGCCAUCGGCAAUAUAGAUCUAGAUGACUAUGUACUUCGUAUCCUCUCUGUGGAACUGCAAAUCACGACUGUGAACGUCGAAUAUAGGCUUGCUCCAGAGCAUCUGUUCCCUACAGGAAUCAACGAUUCCUACGCUGCUGCCAAAUGGGCUGCUACGCAAAUUGAUUAUCUUUCGGCGGAUCUUUCGAAGGGUUUCCUCGUCGGAGGCGAAUCUGCCGGCGGGAAUCUGUCUGCUGUUGUUGCUCUCAAGGCACGGGAUGAUCCGUUUUUUGUUGGUCGUCAGAUUACAGGCCAGGUCUUGCUCUAUCCCGUUCUCUCGCACCCUGAUUCUAUCCCGGAUAAGUACAAAAGCGAUCUAUUGUCAAUGGAACAGAACAAAGAUGCCCCAGUGCUCGGCGCACAGGAAAUGGCUUUCUUCAGAGAUCAAUUAAAGCCUGUAAUAAACGACCCCGACUUCACUCCCAUUAACGCGACAUCGCACGCCAAUCUACCUCCAGCCAGCAUACAGGUGUGCGGUUUGGAUCCCCUGCGUGACGAGGGCCUUCUCUACGAGAAAAUCCUCAAGGAGAACGGCGUCAAGACACAACUGCGAGUGUAUCCUGGCGUACCGCAUGCGUUCCACGUGUUUUUCCCUAGUUUGAAAACCUCCGCGCAGUUCGAUCAGGACACGAAGGAGGCCAUCAAAUGGCUGCUGAGCUUGUCCGUGUGA